UGCCAUGACCGAUGAAGGGUCUGUCGAAACGAGGAAUGGCAUUGUCAAAGCGAGUAGAGUCAGUCAUAAAUCUUUAAUCCUCCGUUCUCAUGAUAGGCAAGCAAGACAAUCGUACCUGUUUAUAACCGAGCUUGCGCUGAAAUGGAGGGUCAGUACGUCUGUGAGUACCCUACCCGCUAUGAAGCAUAGACGGAUAGGGAUAGAAGGGGAGGGGGAGACACUUUACUCAUACCCCAGAGAGGCACGAGCAGAGGCUGUCGCUCCCCAAAAACUUUUGGGAGGAUUUCGUCGUAAAAAUGACCACGUUACCAUCCAUAAUCAUUACCUAGCCCAGUCCCCAUCACAAGCGGCAAUCCAGUCCUUCAGCAUAGUCGGAAAGAGAAGCCCCAAACUUUUGCGAGUGUCUUCCUCCGUCGCGCACGGAGGAGCGUUCACGGGGAAUGGCGAGCAUAUAGUAUUACCAAUUGGAUUUCGUCACUAUCCAUAG